AUGAUUCAUUCCGGUCUUGCUUGCUAUCAAAUGUCUGGCCCCAGAUUUCCAUUCCAUUUGGCAUUUGUACACCUCCAUGCAGGCUCGCAUAUCCUGAAGGGAAGUUGCUCCAGCAGUUGUCUCACAAAAGUUUAUAAUAUCACCGAUUCCACCGUAUUUGGCACCCCGUUCACCAGCAGAAAGUUUGUUCAGUCUUCAGGUGGUGAACAAGUUUGCCAACGACCUGCCAAAGUAACUUAUUCAAGUAGUCCUCGAGCGAUAGCCAGUUGCCCUCUAGCCUUAUGUUUCACUUCUCUCCCUUGCUUCUCUGCUGUAUUUUACACUCGCCUUGGAAAUAUUAUCACAAAACUCUACAAGCAAAAGCUGGCAAAAAAGAAGAACAAAAAUUUACUGCGAUUGCACAAGCCAGAUGCCGGUUUUGUGGGCCGGAUUUUCGCCUAUCCUAGUCAAAUAUGUUUAAUUCGCAGCACAGUAUAA